AUGGCCACGCAUACUCAAGUCAACCUGCCAUUGCCUGUUCUCCCGGAGACCUGGUCUGGUGAGAAAGAUUUCAAAGCAAUCGGCAAGCUCUCAGCUGCCACACAACGCAGCAUCGAGCCAGUCGGACCUCACUUUCUCGCCCAUGCUCGACGUGCCCGUCACAAGCGCACCUUUUCUGAAGAUGACCGUAUUCAAGCUCAAGAAAAUGUCAAGAAAGUUGAAGAUGAUGAUUCUGGGGAGAUCAGCGAGCCGGAGGAUCCUAUGAUGCUCUCUCGUGAUGCUAAGGACUGGAAGAGCCAAGACCACUACGCCGUCCUCGGUCUAUCAAAGUACCGCUACAAAGCCACCGAAGAACAAAUCAAGCGUGCUCACCGCAAGAAGGUCCUCCGCCAUCACCCUGAUAAGAAGGCUGCAGCUGGAAGUACCGAGGAUGAUAGCUUCUUCAAGUGCAUUCAGAAGGCUACUGAAAUCCUUCUCGAUCCCGUUAAGCGCCGUCAAUUUGAUUCUGUCGAUGAACAUGCUGAUCUUGAACCUCCUACUAAGAAGCAACUUAAAGAGGGUAAAUAUUACAAGUUGUGGAGCAACGUUUUCAAAUCCGAGGGCCGGUUCUCCCGCGUCCAGCCUGUACCCAAAUUUGGAGAUGAGAAAAGCAACAAGGAGGAUGUCGACACAUUCUACAACUUCUUCUAUAACUUUGAUUCGUGGCGCUCUUUCGAGUACCAGGAUGAGGAUGUCCCUGAUGACAACGAGAACCGUGAUCAGAAGCGCCACAUGGAGCGAAAGAACAACAAUGCCCGCAAGAAGAAGAAGACCGAGGAUUCUGCUCGCCUGAGAAGACUGGUUGAUGAUGCCAUGGCUGGUGAUGAGCGUAUCAAGAGAUUCCGUCAAGAAGCCAAUGCUUCAAAGAAUAAGAAGCGGUUGGACAAGGAAGCUGCUGAGAAGAAGGCCCUUGACGAUGCCAAGGCUGCGAAGGAAGCGGAGGCAAAAGCCGCAAAGGAAGCAGAGGAGAAGGCUAAGGCGGAACGCGAACAAGGAAAGAAGGCUAAGGAAGCAGCGAAGGCGGCAGUCAAGAAGAACAGACGUGUUCUGAAAGGCAGUGUCAAGGAUGCCAACUACUUCGUUAGCGGAGUUGCACCAGCCUCGGUCAUCGAUGCUGUGUUGAACGACGUUGAGCUGGUGCAGGGCAAAAUUGAUGCUGAUGAGACUGCGGCGUUGGCCGGAAAGUUGAAUGGCCUCAAGAUCGCGGAUGAGAUCAAAGGGGUUUGGUCAUCUGAGGUUAAGCGGUUGGUGAGUGCCGGAAAGAUUAAGGACAGCGAUGUGAAGGGCCUCGCGUGA